GGUACAUAACGAGGGAAACAAAUCACCAACAUAACAAGAAUAGUGCCGUCGCCGGCCGCAGUCCGAGCACACCCCACCCACACGGGGAAACUAAAGACUACAAAUACAUCUGUGUGUUCUGCUGCAGGAGAAUGGCAUUGCUGUGGAGUCCGAUUGCUCUGACAUCAGUUCUCCUGAGUGCUCUCUGUGCCCCAUUUAUGAAAGAGGAGGAUGCAAAUCAGUUUAUACGCCUGAAAAGACAAGCACAAUACUCCCACGAUGGAUACUGGGACCCCACUCACUCUCAGAAUCAAUGGGGAUACACCAUCAGGGAACAGGCUAAUGAAUACUGGUCAUCUUUGAGAGCCAAUGCCCAGUACUACAUGGAUAUGGGCUCUUUGAUGUUCGACCCUUCCAUUGCCAGAGAGAACAAUAAGGCAUACAUGGACAUGCUGAGGGAGGCUGAUCGGUAUCUUCAAGAACAGGGGAGGAAGUGAAAACUGGAUUAGCCAGGAGGAGUCAAACUGGAUUGGCGCUUUAGGAGCAGUUGCCUGUCACAUCCAAACCAAUAGGUCAUGAACGCCAAUCAGAAGAGAGAAGCAGUCAGGGUUAUUCAUUGCAAGGUGUAGGAUGCAGUCACAGAACGCUGGUGCUGUGUUUCGUAGGGAAUUGGACAACGCUACAAACCAUUUCUAUUGCAUAUGCUUGUGAGGAGAAAAUAAAUCUG